AUGUACUCAACCACGUUUCACUCUGAUGUACUAUCUGACAUGCUGCAAAACGACUCAGUUGCUCAGCCUGGAAUUUCACACCAUGCCAAACAGUUUCAAGAUGGGUGCGUGUAUCAAAAAGAUACAUUCUUACCUAUUGAAAUCAAUGGAAACAAGAGCAUACAAAAUGAAGCUACAACAAUCUGCCAAAACACAAUUUGUGUGAAUCUUACCACAACAGAAACAAAGGAUAUUCCAGUUGCUCACCAUCAACCAAGCCAGAUUCAAGACAACCGGACCUCUGAUCCGUCUCCCAACAAAGACCCCGCUUCACCGUCCCUUCCUGCUGUGGAACCAAGAACAAGAAGAACAAGAAGCUAUCCGGUGAGCGCAACAGUUGCAGCAAACCUCACGCCACUUUCGACACUUUUAUUGCCCAGAAAAAAAGAAAUGGAUAAUUCAGAACAUUUCAAGAUUGCUAUCCAAACUGCCUAUCUCACAGAUAAACCUCUUCCGUCAAUCCCGUCCAUUGCGUCUAUUGCGUCUAUUGCGUCUAUUGCGUCCUCUCCGUCCGUUUCUUCUAUUCCGUCUCUUCAAUAUCAGCAAGAUUUUAUUCCUAAAGAAGGCGGUUCCGACUCUAUUCGAUCUGUACAGCUAUCAUGCCACAGCUCCAAUACAAGAGGCAGUGCAACUGCCAACUGGGAAUCCAUGUUUGACCCAUUUAGUACCUUUCAGCGAAACAGGGACUCUGUUGUCUACAAACCAUGGUCAGCUACACCCACAGUUCUCGUACAUCCUCCCAUUGAAGUAAACUUGCCACUUGCUUCAUGUAUCCCUCACACCCCACCUGCUAUUCCGGGAAAUUCUCACUUUCUUGCUCAUGAGAAUUUACGCCAAGAGUCAUGUAUUUCUGACUCGGGAGAUCUCAUGAACUCUCACUACAGCGUACUUCAAAGAAUUCGGAGCGAGGGAGAUCUUCCCUUGCAUCCUCAUGACACGCAGAACACUCCAAGUAGCAGCCUCGACGAAACUAAUUCUCUGUCUUUGGUAUGUCGUGAAAAAUCAAUCGCAGGUCAAGUCUUGCAAAAGAUACAACAGUAUGCUGUUGUCCGCAAAGGAUCGAAAGUCAAGUACCUUUCAAAAGAGUAUCCAGCCAAUCCAGCCUGCCCCCCGGGUGCUAUACAACAUACUUAUCUGUAUGGGACAUCUGCUGUGAACCAUGCGCCUAUAGAACGACUAUUCUUUUGGCUAGGGUUUGUUUGCCCGCUUUUCUGGAUUGGUGGAAGUAUAGGACUAAGUAAAAACUCGGCCAGAGAUAGAGACUUUAGAGGCUGGCAGAGGAGAUGUCGGGUAGCAUUAAUGGUAUCUUUGAUGGUUAUUGGUGCAGUAGGGCUUGUAAUAUUGGUUCAAUCCACGUGGGUGGCAGGCUCACGCCAGAGUGCAUCUGAGUCUAUUCUUGCAGUAAUCAGUAGUUAG